CUCUCUGCUUUUCUCAGCUUCACAUCCCCAAAGUCUCUCUCUCUCUCUCUCUCUCUCUCUGUUUCUCUCUUCUCCAUUCACAAUUUCAAAUCCCCAGCCCCCAACAGAAAAAAAAAAAAAAAAAACCCUAAAAACCCUAAAAACCUCUGAUCCGAGCCGGACCCAUUUCCGCCCGGAGCGCCGCGGUCCGACCCUUUUCGUCCCGGGCCGAAACGCCGCCGAUCCGAUCUGGGUCCGGCGAGUCCCGAGUGUCUCGGCUUCGCCUCAGGCUUAGCUGAGUUUAUAGGCCUCCCAGAAGAGUUGAUUUUCCAGAGUAGAGGGCGAAAUGUACAAGAACCAGCUGCAAGAGCUGGCCCAAAGGAGCUGCUUCAAUUUGCCUUCCUACACGUGCAUUCGGGAAGGUCCCGACCACGCGCCACGCUUCAAGGCCACCGUCAACUUUAACGGCGAGAUCUUCGAGAGCCCUCACUACUGCAACACUCUCCGUCAGGCCGAGCACUCCGCCGCCGAGGUCGCCCUCAACUACCUCUCCAACCGCGGCCCCUCUCACUCCCUCGCCGCUAGGAUACUGGAUGAGACGGGGGUUUACAAGAACCUCUUGCAGGAAAUUGCUCAAAGAGUUGGAGCUCCAUUGCCGCAGUACACAACAUUCAGGUCUGGCCUUGGGCACCUACCUGUUUUUACCGGGACAGUUGAAUUGGCUGGAAUCACAUUCACAGGCGACCCAGCCAAGAACAAAAAACAAGCAGAGAAGAAUGCUGCAAUGGCAGCUUGGUCAUCUCUGAAACAAUUGGCAAAAGAAACGGCAAGUUCUUCAUCUGAACAUGAGAAUAACGAUGAGCUGGAACAGAUCACAAUAGCACGGGCCUUGCUCAAUUAUCGGUUGAAGGAGAAAAUGUCAAUGGCGAACCCCACUGCUCCUAUACUGUUUCCAAAGAAGUUUCCAGCUCAGAACCCCAGACCUACGAGUCCACAGCCUCCAUCUGCUAUGACCUCAAAAAUACUCCCCCUAAUUUGUCAAAAGCAAGCACCUCGUAGCAGAUUCCAAUCGAAUGCUACAAUUGAAAGUCUUGUACCAACCUCACAUUCUUCUCCAGUGGAAAGUCGAUGGACGCGUCCACAGAGAUUCCCUGCUGCAGGAGCAGCUCCUUAUGUCCCCAUCCGACAGAUGAGGACUCCUUGCCAUAGGAUGGCACCACCAGUGACUAUAAGGACAUCAGUGCCCGUGUUCUCUGCACCACCCCUUCCACCACCUCCUGGAUUGCACCGCCAGGGAAUGUGUGUACCACCCGUACGAGUGGCUCCACCGGUCACUAUGAGGCAAGCUGUGCCUGUAUUUGCUGCUCCACCGGUGAGAAGAGAUGAUCCAAAAAAGGAUGAUCUUCCAACCAGUCGAAAAGAAGAUCCUCCAAUCAUCCUGAAAGAAGCUUCUCCUGCUGUUAUUGCCUCUCCCCUUCCGAAUAAAUCAAUAGCUCAAGUAGUGGAAAAAACUGGAAGCGCAUCUGCAAACGAUUUGCAGGAAUCCAAGACAGUGCAAGCCUUGGAACAACUACAAAUUUGAAGGUGGUCGGGAAGAAGUUAAACCAUGGGAGACAUAGAUGGUUGUGUUGUCAUAUUUCUCUUGUUAUAUGUGUUUUCAUUUUAGUUCACCCUCUUUCGUAAUCAUCUACCCUUUUUAUUUCGUUAAAAGCUGACAGUUGGCAGGUUGGUUUAGAAUUAGCAGUCUUAUAUUAAUGCCAUUCAAGAGUUAGCUGUGUCAGUUUUUUGCUCAUUGAUUAAUAGUUCUGCAUAUAAAUGGGAUGGGAUCAUAUAUCUUCCUGCCUGGAAGUGAUCAUUGCAUUAUGCAUGUCAUUCAGGAAGAGCUGUGUGCUAGAGAAUGAGAUGAGACAUGGUUAUAGUAUUUAAGUAUCAAAUUAUAUUAAGAGAUGGAUUAAUGUGUUGUCAUA